CAUUACUUGAAGUUAUUGUAAACAUCAAAAAUGACUGGAAAAAUCAUUGCUUUGGUCUGCCUUCAGUUGGCUUUGUUCAAUACCAUCUCCGCGCAAUGCCUGAACCGCAUCGUCCCUGGAUGUGGACAGAACAUACUUCCAAUGCCCGUUCAAGUUCCCGACACACUACUGCAAAACCAGGUCAUAAUUGGACAGAAUUAUCCACAAAUGGUCGACUUACCUUAUGGAGUGGAGGCUAUCGUACCCAACCAAUUGUCUAUUCCAGCUACAACUAUUAUCCAGGAUAGUUCAGUAGCUAAUAAUCUGGCUAAUGCUUUACAGCUCCUUGUUGUAAGCAAUUUACUAUCCAAUACUCUGCCAUCUGCGUCCCCAGACGUGAUUAUCCCAGGUUUAGGUUUGAGUGAUUAUGGAAUGAUGGCCCAAUAUAAUCCAAUGUUAGCCCCGGUCAACCCAAUGCUAGCCCCCAUUAAUUCUGUAAUUUCUCCAAUUAAUUCUUGCGGUUGCGCGCCGUGGGUUUAUUGAUUAAUUUAUUUGUUUUCUGUUGGUGUUAAUAACUAAUAUGUAUUGUAUUAAAUAAAUAUUAUAUGUUUUGAU